AUGGAGGGACAGUCUCAACUUUCAAAAGGUAAGGGGAAGUCGAAAGAAUCUGGAAAGUCAGUGGGGGGAUUGAGUAGAUUUUUUGCUCCAAGAACAACUUCUGGGGCCCAACCUUCAAUUAAGAGUUCUAUGUCUUCAAAUGAGAUGAUUGUAAAAGCAAAGAUGGCUGUAGCACGCUGGUGGUAUGAUGCUAAUCUGCCUUUCAAUGCAGCUCAAUCCAAGUUUUAUCAAGUAGCUAUCGAUGCCAUGACUGCCAUCGGGGCAGGAUUCAAGGGCCCAUCUUUAUAUGAGUUGAGAGGAAAUUUGUUAAAGAUGGCUGUAGAUGAGGUUCAAGAUUAUUUACAACAAAUUAAGAAGGUUUGGAGUGAGACCGGUUAUUCACUAAUGGCAGAUGGUUGGACAAACUAUAAGCAACAAUCAAUAAUCAACUUUCUAGUUUAUUGUCUGAAAGGUACAAUGUUUUUGAAGUCUGUUGAUACAUUUGGCCUUAGAAAAGAUGCUGAAACAUUGUUUAAUAUCUUUGAUGAGGUUGUUCAAGAAAUUGGAGUUGAGAAUCUUGUGCAGUUCAUAACGGACAAUGGUGCAAGUUAUAAAGUUGCAGGACAAAAGUUACAACAGAAGUAUGGCUCUUUCUACUGGUCCCCAUGUGCAGCCCAUUGCAUAGACUUAAUGUUGGAGAAUUUUUCUGAUCUAAGAUAUUUUUCCCUUAUUGAUGAUGCUAUAAAAAAGGCAAAAAAGAUAACAAAGUUUAUCUAUAACCAUGAAAGAAUUCAGACAAAUGUUUGUGAUAAAUGGAUUGCAUCAAGUAAUUCUAAGAGCAACAUAGGGAAGGAGAUAGCUGAGAUCAUUUUAGAAGAUAAAGAGUUUUGGGCUCAAUGUCAAUUUAUUGUCAGAGUUAGUGAGCCUUUGGUUCGUGUUCUACGACUUGUUGACGGGGAUGAGAAGCCUGCAAUGGGAUACUUGUAUGAUACAAUGGAAAGAGCCAAAGAGAACAUAAAAAUGGAACUUGAUCCCGAUAAUCAAGAUAAGAUCAUUGCAGAACUUGACCUGUAUAAGAAUGCAAUAGGUGAGUUUGGACAUUCUUUAGCAAUCCGUCAGCGUGAUAAGAUUAAUCCAGAAUGGGUGGGUGAAGAAUCUGAGCUUCUUGAUGGAGAAGAUUUGGAUUGGGCAAGUAUUGAGGAGCCAUUAGCUUCACUAAAUGAGGAAGACAAUGAUAAUGUUGGUAUUGAUGUUAAUGACGGCAACAAGUCCCCUUCGGGCUUUAUUGGAACAUUUUCUGAUGGUUGGACUUUGCAGUUGAUUGCGUCCCUCCAGUCCUUUCAGCAUUGA